CCUUCCUCUUCUGAUUCACCUCGACCAGCUGUGUCUCCUUUUCAUGAUGGAGAAAACUAGCUCCCUUAUUUCUGUUACAUUUCUAUUUUUGGUGCACUACUACUACUACUCUCUCAUGGCUUGCUUGGCUGUGACGGUGAGUACUAGUAGGACUGUAACCAAUGUCACCACUGAUCAAUCGGCUCUUCUUGCCCUGAAAUCCCACAUCACUAGCGACCCUCAAAACAUUUUGGCCAACAAUUGGACCACCUCAACCUCCCAUUGCAACUGGAUUGGUGUCCAUUGCAGCACUCGCCACCACAGAGUUGCUGUCUUGAACCUUUCUUACAUGGGCUUAAGAGGCACCAUCCCUCCACACAUUGGAAACCUCUCCUUUCUAGCCUUACUAGACAUCAGAAACAACAGUUUCUAUGGAAACCUUCUUAAAGAAAUCGGCAAGCUUGCUAGUCUAGAGUUUCUUGACGUGAGGUGGAACCAACUUUCGGGCUCCAUACCAAGAGAAAUUGGGAACUUGACUUUCCUCAAAGAGUUAUAUCUUGGUGCAAACAAUUUAAAAGGAAACAUUCCUACAGAAAUUAGCAAGCUUACUAAUCUGAAGGUUUUGAGAAUGGGGUGGAACCAGCUUUCGGGAUCCAUACCAGCCUCCAUCUUCAACAUCUCCUCACUGGAAAGAAUUGGUUUGGACAAUAAUAGCCUGUCGGGUAAUCUUCCAAUGGAUAUGUGUUACAGUCUUCCAAAACUCUACUGGCUUGGUUUGUCCUCUAACCAGUUUGAUGGCCAAAUUCCUUCAUGUGAAUGCUCGGAACUUCAAACCUUGUGGUUGUCAAAUAACAAAUUCAAUGGAGAAAUACCAAGAGAGAUUGGGAACUUAACCUUCCUGAAAGAGUUAUAUCUUGGCACAAACAUCUUGAAAGGUAAAAUUCCACAAGAGCUGGGAAAUCUUCAUAAUUUGGAGAUGCUAGGAAUUGACAAAGCUGGCCUCACUGGUACCAUACCAUCUUUUGUCUUUAACAUUUCUUCUUUGAAAGGGAUUUAUCUCAAUAGCAAUCACUUUACUGGUAGUCUCCCACAUGGUAUGAGCCGGCAUCUUCCUAUGCUCCAGAUACUUAAUCUUUACAGAAAUGAACUGUAUGGAAGCAUUCCAAGAGAAAUUGGAAACUCUACUUCAUUGAUUCAAUUAAAUCUGGGGGAGAACAAUUUCACAGGUGCAAUACCAAAAGAGAUUGGAAACCUUCAUAAUCUGGAAUUUUUAAGUUUAUCAUUGAAUAGGUUAAAAGGUCCGAUUCCGGAAACAAUUUUUAAUAUGUCGAAACUACGAUCCAUUUCAUUGGUUGAAAAUUAUCAUCUUUCAGGCAAACUUCCAUCAAGUAUUAGGUUACCCAAUCUUGAAGGAUUAUACCUUGCUGGAAAUAGCCUCAACGGAAUUAUCCCUCACUCUAUCUCAAAUCUUUCCAAAGUCACUAUUUUAAGCCUUUCCAGCAACAAUUUCAGUCAUUCAAUUCCCAACUCACUUGGUAAUUUGAGACAACUCGAAUUUCUAGACCUAGCAUGGAACAAUUUCAACAGCGAAUCUCCAAACCAAGAAUUAAGCUUGAUCACUACCUUGACAAAUUGCAAACACUUGAGAAAUUUGUGGAUACAUAACAAUCCUUUGAAUGGCAUCCUUCCAGUUUCCAUUGGGAAUUUUUCAACUUCGCUCCAAGAUAUCCAGGCAAGUUAUUGUGAAAUUAAGGGCAACAUUCCCAACCAUAUUGGUAACUUGACCAAUUUAGCUUUCUUAAGGCUAAGUGGCAAUGGCUUCAUUGGAUCUAUUCCAACGACAAUGAAAGAGUUGCAAAAGCUUCAAAUUUUAAAUCUUGGAAUUAACAAGAUACAAGGCCCCAUUCCAAAUAAUCUUUGCCACCUACACAACUUGGGUUUAUUAGCUCUGAAUGAAAAUGAACUUUUUGGUCCAAUUCCAACUUGCUUAGGGAAUAUUACAUCUCUAAGAGAACUCUUUCUGGGUUCUAACAAAUUAACCUCCACAGUGCCUAUAAAUUUGUUCAGCCUGAAAGAUAUUUUGUAUUUGGACUUGUCCUCAAAUUCUUUAAGUGGCUAUCUUCCUUCAGAGAUUGGAACUUUAAAGGUCGCAAUACAUAUAGAUCUGUCACUGAAUAGAUUCUCUGGUGAUAUCCCUAGCGCCAUUGGAGAUCUGCAAAGCUUAAUCAAUCUUUCUUUGGCACACAAUGAACUACAAGGACCUAUUCCUCAAUCAUUUGCCAACUUGAUAAGCCUGCAAUUCUUGGAUCUAUCUUACAACAAUCUCUCAGGUAUAAUUCCAAAGUCAAUGGAAUCACUGCUGCUUCUUCAGUAUUUCAAUGCAUCCUUCAAUAGGCUAAGAGGAGAAAUUCCCAACGGAGGACCAUUUGUAAACUUCAUAAAUCAAUCCUUCAAGUCAAAUGAAGCACUCUGUGGUGCCCCACAGUUCCAAGUCCCACCAUGUCACUCAAGCUCUCUUCACGGAUCAAGAACAAAAAAAGUUGUUCUAGUUGUUUACAUUUUGUUGACAAUUGCUUUAAUUGCCUUGAUCUUCACAUUUGUCUCAAUAAAAUGUCGAAAGAGAAACAGAAUUCCAAUUGAAACAGAUUUGUUACCCACGUUACCACAAGGAAGAAUUUCACACCAAGAACUUCUAUGUGCUACUGAUGGUUUUAGCGAUAAAAACUUACUUGGAAUGGGAAGUUAUGGUUCUGUUUACAGAGGGAGAUUUAUAAAUGGAACCAUUUUUGCCAUCAAGGUAUUCAAUGAGCAACUAGAAAGUGCUUACAAGAGUUUUGAUACAGAAUGUGAAAUGUUGCGCAACAUUCGUCACAGAAAUCUCACCAAAGUUAUCAGCAGUUGCUCCAAUCUAGAUUUCAGAGCUUUGGUGCUCCAAUACAUGCCUAAUGGGAGUCUUGAAGAGUGGUUGUAUUCUUCUAACCAUUUCUUAGAUAUCUUACAAAGAUUAGAUAUAAUGAUAGAUUUGGCAUGUACGCUCAAUUAUCUCCACCAUGGUUAUUUAAUACCGUUGGCUCAUUGUGAUCUAAAGCCCAACAAUGUUCUGUUAGAAGAAGAUAUGGUUGCACAUCUCAGUGAUUUUGGCAUUUCAAAGUUCCUGGGUGAGGGUGAGAGUAUUGCACACACCAAGACUCUUGCUACAUUAGGAUAUAUUGCACCAGAGUACGGAUCGGAAGGAUUAGUAUCCACAAGAUGCGAUGUUUACAGUUACGGUAUUAUGUUAAUGGAAAUAUUUACAAGAACUAAGCCCACUGAUGAUAUGUUUGUUGGAGAUUUGAGCUUGAAGGUAUGGGUAAGUGAGUCACUACCUAAUGCAAUAAUUAAGGUUACAGAUGCCAGGUUGCUCAGUCAAGAAGACGGACAACUUGGUGCAAAGGUACAGUGUGUAUCAUCCAUCUUGCAAUUAGCUCUGAAAUGUUGUGCAGAGUCACCCCAGGAGAGGAUAAACAUGAAAGAAGUCCUGGAAACACUAAAGAAGAUCAAACAUAUGUUUCUUGCAAGCCGUGAAGGCAAUAAACACGAAGAUUGCAUUGCUUUGAGAGGUGGAAGCGAUGGUGGCUCCUCUGCUCCAUGAUAUCAGAACUAUGUUUGAAAGGGAGUUUGCUCUGUAAAAUAGGUAGAUGACAUUGGUGGAAGCACAUAUAUGUUGUUCCGUUUUUAUUAAAAAAAAUUGGAUAUAUAUGGUGUGUUAUGUCACAGUUCAUAUAAUUGAUUGUCUUUUGGAUCUAGUGGUCAUGUACUGCUUCGCUGUUUUUAUUGUGUGUAUUCUAGCUGUAUGCUGCGUGUAUGUUUUUAUGGUAUCUAUACAUAAUGUUUUUUUAUUUAUUAUGGCGUAGCCUUGAUGUGUUUAGUACAUUUCUGAUGGGAGCUAUCCAAAGUGAUUUCAUUCUAACAUUGCUUAUGUUGCAUUUGCUUUACAAAAUCUUAAUCAUAGUGAUUUGAAUUAGCCAAGUAAAAUUUAACCUAUAUGAUGACAUGGUUACCCAUGUAGGUGACUGGCAUGACAAAGUUUUAAACUGAAACUGAGUCUAUGAUACAAACCCAAAACCUAUUUAUGAUUCUGGCUUUAUGACACCAGGUUAUUUCACACUAUAAUAUUUGUUAAACCCCAGUGUGCAUUUUCAACUACUCAUCAAAGUUAUCAGCAGUUCUUCCAACCUAGAUUUCAGAGCCUUGGUACCCCAAUAUAUGCCUAAUGGGAGUCUCGAAAAAUGGUUGUAUUCUCCUAACUAUUUCUUAGAUAUCUUCCAGAGAUUAAACAUAAUGAUGGAUGUGGCAAGUGCGCUGGACUAUCUCUACCAUGGUUAUUCAAUACCAUUGGUUCACUGUGAUUUGAAGCCUAAUAAUGUCUUGCUAGAAGAAGAUAUGGUCACACAUGUUAGUGAUUUUGAAAUUUCAAAGUUCGAGGAUAAGGGGGAAAGUUUUGCGCACACCAAGAUUCUUGCAACUUUGGGAUAUAUAGCACCAGGUGAAGUUUUAACUUUUGUAUUUAUUCAAAUCUUACUUUAGUUAUUUAUUUAUUAUUUUUUUUCAUGCAAGUACUUUAGGUUUCCAUUUUAGCCUAAUUUUUUUUUUUUUUUAAUUGGAGUUUUACUUUCCUUCCGCAUGUUAAUUCUUUUGAUUAAAUCUGAUGUUGGAAAUAGAGUAUGGAUCGGAAGAACUAGUAUCGACAAAGGUCCGGUGUUUACAGUCACUGUAUUAUGUUAAUGGAGAUGUUUACAAGGACUAAGCCGACUGAUGAGAUGUUUGCUGGAGAUUUAAGCUUAAAGCUAUGAGUAAGUGAGUCACUACCUAAUGUAAUAAUUCAGGUUAUAGAUGCCAACUUGCUCAAGCAAGAGGAAGGACAAAUAAGUGCAAAGGUGCAAGGUGUAUCAUCCAUCAUGCAAUUGGCUCUGAAUUGCUGUGCAGAAUCACCACAGGAGGGGAUCACCAUGAAAGAAGCGCUAACAACACUAAAGAAGAUUAGAUAUAAGUUUCUUGCAAGUUAGGAAAUGCAAGAAUCACGAAGGUUGCACUGCAUUGAAAGGUGGAACUAAUUGUAGCUCCUAUGCUCCAUGAUACUGAAACGUCUCAAAUGAAGUUUGCUGUGUCACAUAUUUGUUGGUUCAUUUUGAUAGGAAAAAAAAUAUGGAUAUAUAUGGUGUUGUCUGUAACCCUGACAGUCUAUUGGCUUGAUUUUCUUUAAGAUCUAGUGGACUUGUAUUA